UUUCAGAAUCUGGGACCUCACUGUAUAUUAUGUCUUUGUGUGACGACAUGCUGCUUUGUAAUUAUCGAAAGUGUCGCAUCAAGCUCUCCGGUUAUGCGUGGGUCACUGCCUGCUCUCACAUUUUCUGUGAUCAGCAUGGCAGCGGUGAGUUUAGUCGUUCGCCAGCUAUCUGCCCAGCUUGCAACAGUACCCUUUCUGGAAAACUAGAUAUUGUCCGUACAGAACUCAGUCCAUCAGAGGAAUAUAAAGCCAUGGUACUGGCAGGACUUCGACCAGAGAUUGUGUUGGACAUUAGCUCCCGAGCACUGGCCUUCUGGACAUACCAGGUACAUCAGGAGCGCCUCUAUCAAGAAUACAAAUUCAGCAAAGCUGAGGGUCAUCUGAAGCAGAUGGAGAAGAUAUAUACUCAGCAAAUACAGAGCAAGGAUGUAGAAUUGACCUCUAUGAAAGGAGAGGUCACCUCAAUGAAGAAAGUGCUAGAAGAAUACAAGAAAAAGUUCAGUGACAUCUCUGAGAAACUUAUGGAGCGGAAUCGUCAGUAUCAAAAGCUCCAAGGCCUCUAUGAUAGCCUUAGGCUACGAAACAUCACUAUUGCUAAUCAGGAAGGUAACUUUGAACCAUCCAUGAUUUCCAAUUCUGGUAUUUUUGGCUUCCCAUUAGGGAACAAAUCCAAGUUUCCUUUGGACAGUACACCAGUUCAAAACCAGGGUGGUGGAGACGGAGAUUUUCAGUUCAGACCAUUUUUUAUGGGUUCUCCCACAGCACCUGAACCCAGCAACAACUUUUUUAGUUUUGCAUCUCCAAGUCGUGAAUUAGAGCAGCAGCAAGUCUCUAGCAGGGCCUUUAAAGUAAAAAGAAUUUAAUGCACUUUACAAAAUGUUUCUCUGUUCACUUUUAGUGAUUUCAUUUAUCAAAUAAUCUUUAUUCUAGAUAGGAGUCACCA